UGCACUGCUGUGUGUGUGCACUGCUGUGUGUGUGCACUGCUGUGUGUGCACGGGGCUGCGGAGGUGACACGGCGUGACACGAAUGGGUGCGCUGAUGAGGGGGCGACCACUGGGCCCUGAGGCCGUGCUGGGGCUACUGGAGGCCUCAGUUUUAUAUCGGGAAGGAGCCCUGCUGGCUCUAAGCAAGCCCACUGAUCUGCCUGUGCUGGGGCACCCUGGGGAGCUGAGCCUGACUGCGCUGCUGCCUGCACUACGCCGACGCCUGGGGCUGCCUGCAGAGCUGCAUGUGGUGAAAGCACCUGCCAGGGAAUGCUCCGGCCUUGUGCUGCUGUCCACCUCCCACCGUGUCACUGAGCAGCUGCAGCACUCCUUCACUGCUGCCCGACGCAGGGGGCAGUUUCCAGUCACCUACAGCGCUGUCACUGUGGGGGUCCCAGCAGAGGCAGAGGGUGAGAUCCGUGUGGGGCUGUGCUGGCAGCAGAAAGGGGACACAGCUGUGGUGGCAGUGCCACCUCCAGGACACCGCAGCGUGACCCGCAGAGAGGUGAAGAGCACCCUGACCCACUACCGCCUGCUGGGAGCAGCAGGGGGCUGCGCUUUGCUCCAGCUGCAGCCUCGUACAGCUUUCCCCGAGCAGCUCCAGGUGCACCUGACACUGCUGCUGUGCCCGGCACUGGGUGACCACAAGUACGCAUCCCGUGUGGGCACAGUGCUGGGGGAGCCUUUCCUGCUGCCCCCCCAGGAGGCCCCCACAUCCCGCACACAGGUGCUGGAUGCAGAGCUGAUGUCCCGGCUACAGCUGUCCCCACAUCACCGCCUGCCCCUGCACCUCCAUCUGCAGCAGCUGGUGCUGCCCCACACAGUGCUGAGUGCUCCCCAUCCUCCCCACUUCCUGUGCACCCUACGCCUGCUGGGGCUGCCCUCCCCGCCUCUCCCUCCCCAUUAAAUCUCGGCAUGACAACAAACAA